ACACGCAGCAAUCCUCUCUCUUACACGCUCCGUUUCACCAAACGGAAUAGAUUUAAUAUGUUUUAAACAUAAAUGAUUUAGUAGGCGGAUUCUUAUUAGUGUCACGACAGAGAUAUUUCCUGCCUCACUGUUUCUUACAUCACCCCUUCUGUCUGGCUUUUCCUCAGAAUUCAACAGGAAGCUCUGUACAGACUGAGACUGCUGGAUCCUGCAGUGUUUUACAGCCCUCUCUGCACUGACCAUUGGUAUAAGAAGAGAGACUGCUGCCUGAGGCCUGGGUACAGGGAGGCUAGGAUCCUAACACUGCCACACAAGCAGCUCCACAGUAAUGUCAGCCUCCCUCCUGGACGCUGAUCCUAUCUAUGCCACGGUGGUCCACACUGCCAAGGCUGAGGCCAGGGAGUUGACAGGGGCUGUGGCUGUUCCUCCAGUCAGGCUGAAGCCUCCGGGGGACCUGAAGUUGACCCGGAGCCUCUCCAAGUCGGACUCAGACCUGUUGGUGUCUCCCCUGGGUGAGGAGGAUGGGGGUCUGAACAGCUGCUGUGAGUCUGUGGCUAACUGCAGUUCUGGGAACAAACAGAUGGAGAGAUCGCCCUCCUUCGCCUCCGAGUGGGAUGAGAUUGAGAAGCUCAUGAACAUGAUUGGAGCAGGCAUCGAGUCAUCCAAUGACCAGCAGCGCACCACAGAUGGGGCCUGCAGCAAAGCCCUGGACCAGCCCGUGGGUGAGUGGCUGGAGCAUGUGGGGCUGCCGCAGUACGAGAGCAAGCUGCUGCUUAAUGGCUUUGACGACCUAUGCUACAUGGGCAGUAACGUGAUGGAGGACUUGGACCUUAGAGAUAUGGGAAUCACUGACCCUGGACACAGAAAGAAGAUCCUCCACGCAGCACGCAGCUUGCCCAAGGUGAAGGCCCUGGGCUGUGAUGGCAGCACCUCUCUCUCCACCUGGUUGGAUGUGCUAGGUCUGCAGGAGUACCUGCCUAACUUCCUGUCUAGCGGCUACCGUACCUUGGACUGUGUGAAGAACCUAUGGGAGUUGGAGAUUGUCAACGUGUUGAAAAUCGGCGUUCUGGGCCACAGGAAGAGGAUCAUAGCGUCUCUGGCAGAGCGGCCCUAUGAGGAGGCCCCGACCAAAUCACAGAUCUCUCACCGUCUCUCACAGAUCAGGUUUCAGGACUUGUUGUCCCAGACAGGGACCUCUGCUCUGAGUCAGAUGGACCCGUCCACCAGUCGCUCCAUGGACAUGCUCCUGCCCCUGGGAGAGGCAGGCAGGAGGAGGAGAGCCAUGGACCAGGACUGCAGUGUGUCCCUGCGCUCCUACAGCGAGAGACCACGCUCUCACGACAGACAGAGUGACAGACAUAGGGAACCCCGUUUGACCCUUCGGCCGCCUAGCCAGUCUGCCACAUACGCUACAGUGUCCGCUUGGCAUCACCAGCCUGAGAAACUCAUCUUAGAGUCCUGUGGGUAUGAGGCCAGUUAUUUAGGAUCAAUGAUUAUCAGGGAUCUACGGGGGAUUGAGUCAACUCAAGAAGCCUGUGCCAAAAUUAGGAAGUCGAAGGACCAUUCAAGAAAGGGUCCUGUUGUCAUCCUUUCCAUCACCUAUAAAGGGGUCAAGUUUAUGGACGCAGCCACUAAGACCAUAGUAGCCGAGCAUGAGAUUAGGAACAUCUCCUGUGCAGCCCAGGACCCUGAGGAACUCUGCACCUUCGCCUAUAUCACCAAGGACAAUAAAAGUGGCCACCACUUCUGCCAUGUCUUCAGCACUGUGGAAGUGACCCAGACCUAUGAGAUCAUCCUGACGCUGGGUCAGGCCUUUGAGGUGGCCUAUCAGCUGGCUCUCCAGACCAAAGCCAGGCAGUAUGUCCCAGUCCCCCCACCAUCUCUGGGGUCAGAGGUCAUUGAGACCAAAUCCAGCCGGCCCACAUCACAGCAAUGGAGCAGCAUGAGGAGAUCAACAGGUGCCCCUCCGCUAGAAUGCCGCUGCUGUUACUGUCACACGUGUACUACCCACCGCCCCACCUUCCUCCCGUUGCACUCUGUUAGCCCUGGAGUCCAGAUUGACCCUCUGGAGAUGGAUGCAGACAUGCAGUCCCUGGGCAGCACCACCUGGCUCUUCAACCAGAGAGACUCCAACAAGCGCCCUGUCAGCACCAAGUACGAGACCACCAUAUUCUGAGACUGGAUCCCCUGCCCCAUCCCCACCUCGCACUAGCACCCAGUUUGACCCCUUCCCUCUACCGCCCUCUCUCUCUCACAAGCCCUAUGCCUUCUCACUGUGAUGGUAGCAUCCCUCAGGGCUGCCCCCUCUUCUUUGCCCUGCCCUACACAAACCUCACCCUGCUCUGACAUCACACAUCCCUGCAGCUCUCUCCUGUUCCUCACCCCUUGGCAGCCCCUGCUCCUCCUGCAGCCACUGAUGGAGCCCCUUGACUUGUGGAUGGACCUGAACUGAACCUACAAUGGCCCUGCUCUCUCAACCGAUCUGCCUCCUCCUCCUCCCAACUACUUGCAUUUGCAUCCACCCACUAUUAGGUUUAUCAUCAUUGAAGACACUGUGGAUUUUUGUUCUCUUCCUGUCAUGCCAUUAUUUUCCAAGUGACUCCCUUCAGUCAAAACAAGCAUGACUUUUUUCUGUUGAGCUACUUGUUGCAUUUUUACCUGAUAGUAACAUGAUAAGCAUUGGCUGUACUGCCAAUGUGAACAAGAAAAUAACAAACCUUCAUAAGUACCUCUUUUUAUCUAACGCCAAAGGAUUACUACUCUUGUGAUAUUAUCAAUUUACCGUUUUGGUCCUAUAUAGAGUGGAACAAAGAACAUUAUCAUGUCCCAAACAACCUCCUCAGUCAUAAACAAUAUUUUACCCCCUUCCCAAAAGGAUUAACAAUUUUUUAUUUUUAAUGCCAUGUUUAUUUUUGUAUUUCACUUGUUUUUUGCUAAAGGCAAGUUCAAUAUUUUUCUUUCCCUAUCUGUAGCUUGUCCUGUCUUGCCAGGCAUCUACCACUGUGAGGCGCUGUGAGGAGACACAUCACCUGGGAUGCAUGAAGGACAAAAAAUCUAUAAGAAAAAAAAAAACUUUUUCCACAUAUUUUUUUUUAUCAUACAUUGAUGGAUCAUCAAGGAAUCUUCCCUUUCCAUUUAAAAUGGAUCAAGAACUGAACCUCAAAUUUCUGUGUGCUCUUCUUGUACACAACUUCGUCAUCAAUCUGUCAAGAUCAGUAGCCUUAAUUACUUCAAUCUGGCCAUCUAUCAGUUUAUCUAAAUGUAAUCAAUUGAGCAUCCCUUGCCAUCAUCACACAAUCUCCACACCUGCUGACUGCUACAUGCGUAUUCCAUGGUUAAAAAGACUAACAGCACUUUUGAGUUGACAACACAUGAACACUUUGACUGAGCUGUAAUGAAGUUGUUGUAAUGGUACAGGUUUGUCCAGAUAAUAAUGUCUAUAAUGCUCUGUAGCUUCACAGUGUACAUGGUGCCUCACCAGUCAUUUUAUUACCAAGAGAGACAAUCAUCAGAGACUGUUUGGCUCAUCAGAGAACACUGUGUUAAAACAUGGCACUAUACCUUAAAAAAAAUUAUUGUUUUAAAAUGGAUAUGGUUGGUUUCUUUAAUAAGAUAUGCUUUUAAAAAGACCAGGGCUUCCUGAAAUAUAUUUAGUGAAAGAAACCAAGGGAAGCAAGACCACAAUCUAUCGGCGUAGUAAAUAAUUUAAGUACAAAUGUAUGAGAAAUUACCAAAACACCAUGGUCAUGAAGGCCAUAUUUUGGGUAUGUCCAAGGAAUUUUGAGGGCAAUAAUAGAAUUUGCCAAUUCAUGGUGAUGGAUUCAAGAUAUUUCCAAUAACAUUGUUUUAAUUUUAGACAAUUUACGAGGCAAGGCACAUUUGUGUUGCUGGACUCCUUAUGUUGCAUCUUAUCAAGAUUACGUGGGUUGUAAUCCAUGCCAUAGCACAUAGGUUCAGUAUGAGGUACACUAUGUUUAAACAAAUUAGUCACAAAAAAAUGAGCGACAGGGCCAAAGAUUCAGGCUUACUCAUGGAACUUUACAUUUGAGGGAUCAAAAUGUAAUUAGAUAUGCUUUCAUUGUGCAAAUAGUUUUUGUUUGAAAAUAUCUGUGAAACUGCAUUCUUGUUUUUCCUUUCACAGGGAUUUAUACCGCAGGUCUAGUUAUCUACACUAUAUAUACAAAAUAUGUGGACACCCCUUAUAAUUAGUGAAUUCGGCUAUUUCAGCCACACCCGUUGCUAACAGGUGUAUAAAAUUGAGCAUACAGCCACGCACUCUCCAUAGACAAACAUUGGCAGUAGAAUGGCCUUACUAAAGAGGUCAGUAACUUUCAAUAUGGCACCAUCAUACUGUAGGAUGCCACCUUUCCAACAAGUCAGUUCGUCAAAUUUCUGCCCUGCUAGAGCUUCCCUGGUCAACUGUAAGUGUUGUUAUUGUGAAGUGGAAACGUCUAGGAGCAACAACGGCUCAGCCGUGAGGUGGUAGGCCACACAAGCCCACAGAACGGGACUGCCGAGUGUUGAAACGCGCAGCAUGUAAAAAAUCAUCUGUGCUCGGUUGCAACACUCACUACCAACUUCCAAAUUGCUUCUGGAAGCAACGUCAGCACAAUAACUGUUCGUCAGGAGCUUCACGAAAUGGGUUUCCAUGGCCGAGCAGCCGCACACAAGCCUAAGAUCACCAUGCGCAAUGCCAAGCAUUGGCUGGAGUGGUGUAAAGUUUGUCGCCAUUGGACUCUGGAGCAGUGGAAACGCGUUCUCUGGAGUGAUGAAUCACGCUUCACCAUCUGGCAGUCCGACAAACUAAUCUGGGUUUGGCGGAUGCCAGGAGAACGCUACCUGCCCGAAUGCAUAGUGCCAAUUGUCAAGUUUGGUGGAGGAGGAAUAAUGGUCUGGGGCUGUUUUUCAUAUUUCGGGCUAGGCCCCUAAGUUCCAGUGAAGGGAAAUCUUCACUGACAUUCUAGAAAAUUCUGUGCUUCCAACUUUGUGCCAACAGUUUGGGGACGGCCCCUUCCUGUUUCAUUAUGACAAUGCCCCCGUUCACAAAACGAGGUCCAUACAGAAAUGGUUUGUCGGUGCGUAAGAACUUGACUGGCCUGCACAGAGUCCUGACCUCAACCCCAUCGAACACCUUUGGGGUGAAUUGGAAUGGUGACUGCGAGCCAGGCCUAAUCGGCCAAAAUCAGUGCCCAACCUCACUAAUGCUCUUGUGGCUGAAUGGUCCCCACAGCAAUGUUCUAACAUCUAGUGGAAAUCUUUCCCAGAAGAGUGGAGGCUGUUAUAGCAGCAAAGAGGGGACCAAAUCCAUAUUAAUGCUCAUGAUUUUGGAAAGAGAUGUUCAACAAGGUGUCCACAUACUUUUGGUCAUGUAGUGUGUCUGUUGGCUCAAUCUGUUUGUGUUUUGCUCAACUUAUUCUGUGUGCUGUGUAGCCUUGUGUUUGUGUCCUCGUGGGAAGAUGGCUUGUUCUGUCUCUAGCUGCUGUCCUCAUUCUGUGUCCCCUGCUGCAGGAGAUGUUAUGUUUAGCCUUUCUCCAAACGACACCUGGUUAAUACAGGAUGGCUGACUGGAGAAUGACUGUUAAGACGUGCUAGUCUCUGUGCGGUACUGCAGCUGUGUCUCAUCGUCAAUCUGUCCUGUUCUGACUGUUGCUGUACUGAUGCAUGUGGCAGUAUUUGCGUUUGGUCCUCUGAUGGCCCAUUGAGGUGUACGUACGUAGCAGUGUCUGUUUUGUUUUAUCUUAUAAUUUGGUGUUUUGUUUUACUUUUUUCUUCGUUUCACAAAUAUAGCACCUCAUCUCA